UGGACGCGCUUGGCGCGCAUUUUGUUGACAUGUUUUGACACAGAGGUUAAGUUGUAGUGAGAGUUUAGAAAAACUUUAAAUAUAGUUUUAGAAAUCAUAUAUUUUUGUAAAAAAAGAAAGAUGCAGCCUAUAGUGAAAUUAAUUAGUUUAUUUAUCACCCUCGAUGCUGUUUGCCAUGCUUACACAGUUGGUUUUGAAUCUUUGAAUACACCUCAUUAUUUAGAACCUGGGAAUUCAGUAUCAAUUGAAAGUCAAUCACCAAGUCUAAGCAUUUUUUGUCACAAUGCAAAAUCAAAAUAUUUAAUUCAUACGUGGAGAACUGUAUUUAUGAAUUUAGACAUUAAUUUAGAAAAUUAUGAAAUAUACGAUGGUAGAACUCCAAAUGAAAUUACAACCAAGUAUGAGGAUAAUAGACGCUCAUGGAAUUUUAAUUUCUUUAGUACAAAAAAGAAUAAACAAUUUAGAAUUAAUCCUUUCGAAGAUACCUGCAUUGGAGUUAAUACUCUUCUUCAUAAUUAUCGAUAUAAAAUGUCAAUGACAGAACAACGUGUUGAUAUAUGGAAAAUUGCGUACAUGAUUCUAGGAAUAUUAAUAUUUUGGUCUGGAAAGAGACUUAGUCAGAAUACAUUAUUUUAUUAUUUAUGUGGAGUUACAUUAGGUGUCACGACUUCAGUCAUUAUACUUAUAUAUUUUGUUGGCAAAUUAUUUCCAAAGGGAAAAUUCAUGUACAUAAUGGUAGCAACUGGUUAUACUAUGAGUUUCUACGUUGCUCAACUUUUAUGGGACAAUGCACAAUUAAUUGCACUGCAAUAUCGUGAUUUUGUUUUGUGGUACAUUCUGAUAACUUCUCUCAUAAGUUUCGUUAUUUGUUAUCGAUUUGGACCAAUCACAAAUACUAGAACAAAACGAAUUAUCCAAUGGUUCCUGCAGAGUCUUGGCUUAGUGAUGAUUUACUGUAGCAGUUAUUUUUAUGAAGCUUCGGGCUCAUGUUGCGUCCUUGUUCUCAUGCUGUACAAUUUUCCGAUAUUUGCUUUGAAAAAAGGACGAAAAUAUUGUUCAUUAUUUCCGUUUUGGAGAAAGGUGUCAAACUCGAGACGACUUUUGACAGAUGAUGAGUACCAUAAAGAAGGGCUUAAAGAAACAAGAAAGGCUUUGAAAGAUCUUCAAGAUUAUUGUUCUAGUCCCGAGUGCAGUCCUUGGAAAACUGUAUUAAAACUGAAGGAUCCUUCAAAAUUUGCAAAGUUUGUCGAAGGCGGCUGUCACAUUACUGAAGACGAAUCAUUUGACUAUGAUACAUCAAUUGCACAACUCAUUGAAGAAUGUGAAUAUACAGAUGACGAGGAUGAGGAAUUAUAAUCUCUCAUUUGGAUGUGAUUUCAAAGAAGACUUAUUUGUAUCCUUAUUUAUAAUUUUAGUUCUUUUUUUUAUCAAUUUACACACUUUUGGGUGGAAAUUUAGGGGAAAAAAAUUCGACUGGUUAUUAAUAUAAUUUUUUUUCUAUUAAUAAUCAAUGGUUAUUAGUGUAAAUAUUCUUUUAUUAAUAAUUUCUGGUUAUUAAUAUAUAUAAAUAUUUUCGUUUUUUUUAUUAACAUUAGAUUAUUAAUGUAAAUAUUAUUUUAUUAACUAUCUUUGAUUAUUCAUUUUCAUUUAUUAAUAAUUUGUGAUUAUUAAAAAUGAUUCUUUAAAUUAAUAAUCCAUAUUAUAUGAAAUUCGUACAUUUUUAUGGUAAAAAUUGAAUUAUACAUUCAAAAAAAAAAAAUACAUUAAUCGAUAAAUUAUUACAAAAAAAAAGUGGAGACAAUGUUUAAAAAUCUAUAAAAUAAAAUUUCUAUUUUUUUACAACUA